AAUCCCUCAGAGGUGCCAGGGUUUUAGUCACAGGGGCCAGCAAAGGCAUCGGUGAACAAAUGGCGUACCAUUAUGGCCGCUUUGGAGCCAAGAUUGUGAUCACAGGUAGAAGAGAGAAAGCCUUACAGCAGGUAGUAGAGAAGUGUCUGAGUCUUGGAGCCCAGAAAGCUCUGUAUAUAGCAGCAGACAUGGGGAAUGAGUCUGACCCUGACAAAGUGGUGGAUUUUGCUCUGGAGAAGCUGGGAGGCUUGGAUUACCUGGUUCUCAACCAUAUUGGCUCAUCUUCCUUCAGCAUGUGGGACGGAGAUGUGGAACACGCCAGGUGGCUAAUGAAGGUCAAUUUCUUCAGCUAUAUUCAGAUGGCCUGGAAAGCCUUGCCCUCCCUCGAGCAAAGUAAAGGAUCUCUGGUAAUUGUUUCAUCAGCUGCAGGUAAAGUGCCCAGCCCAUUUGUGGCAACAUACACUUCAACAAAAUCUGCUCUGAAUGGGUUCUUUGGAUCUCUGUACCAUGAACUGGCUAUGAGGAAGAGCAACGUGUCCAUCUCUAUCUGCACACUGGGGCUUAUUGAUACUGAGUCAGCUAUGGAGAAAGUCAGGGGACUUAUUAACGUGCCGGCCUAUCCUGCCACAGAAGCAGCGCUGAACAUCAUCAAAACUGGAGCAACGAGGCAGCAGGAGCUGUACUACCCCUGGUUCACGUAUGUUAUGUGCGUGAUCAGAGACUGGUAUCCUCCUCUGACUAAUUAUAUCAUGCAGAACUCAAUAAACAGUCCAUAAAAACUUAAUCAGCAGCAGCAACACAAAAAAAUAGACUUGUUCGGAUUUCUGACAUCCAAUUGAAAAUGCACUGUUCGUCUUCCAUGAAGGUCAGGAGAUGAGUGGAAGUGAGUCCUGGGAGUUUUUAACAGGUAGUUUAAAAUUCUCAGUUAUUCAAUUUUGAUAUGUUUCAUUUAUACCA